AGCGAACAGCAACGAUCCGCCGAUUCUCCACGGAGCUUUCCCAUCUGCCCGCAGACAGCUUCAUGCCAAGGCAGGGCGGAUCAGGCGCGGAGACAGGGAUAUAGUCAUUGUAUAACACAGGCCGGUCAGCGGUAUAGAUCGAUCCUGUGUGCCACUACCACUGAGAUUGGAUCAAGCACUUGACCAGUUCCGCUGUAAUUGGCGUUAACGGAGAAAGGCCUUGUAAUCCACCACGACAACCUUUGUGAGCUGAGCCCGUGCGAAAGCAUUCUAACUCAAUCUUGCCACUAAAAGAAGGAUGUGCCUAAAUACGGAAGCGCAGUUAAGGAUGAUGGAUGAUUUGAUUGGAUGAAAUUAUGCACGCGCUUGCCAAACUUCCACAGCGACUGAGGCCUAAGCGACAAGCAAGCAGACGGCUCGUUGCCCCGGAAACUUCAAAACGAGGUUUCUCGUCCAAAUAUGGCGCCACCUCAAGUUCCAUUCCACUGCGCAUGUUCACGUGUACCGGAAAUGCGGAUAGGGAUGGACAGGAAGGGGAAGAAUAUUUUAAAGCGGACGAUCCAGAUGUUGUGUCGACGUCAUUUGACGAGGUUGUGGACUUUGUUCCUGAUACAUCCGGGUCAGUCAGCCAAAAAGUGUACCAACGCGCAUGCGCACGGUUGCAGCUCAUUCCGUCCAAACACGUGUACAGUCGCCUGGAACAGACGGAAAUUCUCCUACCAAACUGUUUCCUAGGCCAUACAGAGGUCAAGGCCCUCGCUAUUGCCCUUGUGCAAAACAACACCGUCCAUACGCUUGAUCUCCAUGGCAACGAGAUUGGAAUUGCCGGGCUGAAGUAUGUCGUUGAAAUGUUGCAAGAGAACCGAUCUAUUAUAGACCUGAACCUAUCGUUCACUGCCUUAAGAGACGGUGGCGCAGAAAUUAUCGCCAACUCUCUUGUCCGUAACACGUCCAUUGUUAAGCUCAACAUAUCGGGAAACGAUUUCCAAGAGAAUGAUGCGUACUUCAUCAGUGAAAUGGUUCAGAAAUCCAAGACCCUUCGGGAACUUAACCUCAGUCACAACUGUUUCCGGGAAAAUGGUGGUAUUUUCAUUGGCAAAGCCAUAGCUGUGAACGCUUCCCUGAAGAGUCUCGACCUAAGCUGGAACCAUCUCCGUCUGAAAGGAGCUGUGGCAAUAUGUCAGGGGCUACAGACCAAUACAGGCCUGACCCGACUGUUUCUGUCCUGGAAUGGAUUUGGGAUGGAGGGCAGCCAGGAGAUGUCCAAAGCCCUGGUCAAGAACAAGACCCUGGUGGAACUGGACCUCGAAGCCAACAGGAUCAACAUCAGUGCCUUCCGCCUUCUGCUCAACGGCCUGCUAAAGAACAAGAUUCUCAAAGUCCUUAAGAUCGGAAUCAACCCGUUGACAACCGAGGGCGCUAUGAGUAUUCUCAAAGCAAUAUCUGAAGAUGACGCUACCGCCCUCAUUGACCUUGACCUCUCCGAAGUUCCUGUUGGAGAAGACUUCACAGACCUUCUCGAUGAAGUCCAGACAAAGCGUCCACUUCGGGUCAAAUAUGGCGUAGCCAUGCGUCAUGAGGAUUUCAAGCGCAAUGGCAAGGCCGUUGUUCUUGACACCGAUGAUCCGUCCAGCAUCCUCUUCGACUACAUGCGCAGAAAGAACCUCCGACUUAUAGACUUGCUACACAGCCUUGAUAAGGACAAGAGUUACACACUGGAUAGAGAGGAACUGAGGAACGGACUAUUGAACGACGGCAUCCCCCUCAGCUCUCGCUCCAUGGACAUUAUGAUGGAGAAGCUAGACAGGAAUACGGAUGGCUUCGUCGACUACGAGGAGCUAGCUCUUGGUUUGAGGGACUAUAUGCGGAAGAUUACAAAGAGGAAGAAGAAAGAAAGUCAGUCUGCGCCAAUCAAAAGCCAGAUUGAGCAUCUCAAGGAAGCUAUACGCAUGCGCAUUGAGAAUAGCAGGCAGCAGGACGCCUCAAGAGAAUGGAGGAUAUAACUGGUAUCCCUAUGGGGAUGUGACCCAUGACCUUUCUUCUACGGUUGUGAAUGUAACAUUUACCCAAAUGGUUGUCGAAAAACGGAAUAUCAAGAUGCGACAACAUAUUCGUUGUAAUGGAAUUAACAAUGGCUUCAUACUGUACAACUAUAUUUGUGGAAUAUUCAGUAUAUAUGUAUAUAUGCCGACCAAUGCUAAACGAUCUCUUUGUCGCAACACAUUUUACUGUGAUAUAUAUUCUAUAUAUUCCAAUACAUGGUGUCAAGUACACAAUCGGUAUCGUAUAUGUAAAAUAUGUAUUGUACGCAUUAUUUCUAUAUGCAACCAAAUAUGUCGACUAUGGUGUGUCAGUUCUUGAUAUACCAUUAUGCACAAUUUAAUAUAUCGGAAUGUGUAGCAUCUUGCCUAUGUACUGUUUAUAGGUCAGAGAGACCCGGGGCUGUAUAAGCAAGUUCGGAUACAAUGUCAUCCAAACAUACACAAGCAGCAUAUUAUAAUUGUGAUCAUAUACACUGAUUUCUUUAAUACCUAAUAAUUACUUAAUUACUACAUAAUUAUAACUAAUGGCUUGUUUAUAUGGGUUAACGAGUGGUCAAUAUUCAAACCAAGGACAAGACUUGGUCAGCAGCAUAUUAUAAUUGUGAUCAUAUACACUGAUUUCUUUAAUACCUAAUAAUUACUUAAUUACUACAUAAUUAUAACUAAUGGCUUGUUUAUAUGGGUUAACGAGUGGUCAAUAUUCAAACCAAGGACAAGACUUGGUCAGCAGCAUAUUAUAAUUGUGAUCAUAUACACUGAUUUCUUUAAUACCUAAUAAUUACUUAAUUACUACAUAAUUAUAACUAAUGGCUUGUUUAUAUGGGUUAACGAGUGGUCAAUAUUCAAACCAAGGACAAGACUUGGUCAGCAGCAUAUUAUAAUUGUGAUCAUAUACACUGAUUUCUUUAAUACCUAAUAAUUACUUAAUUACUACAUAAUUAUAACUAAUGGCUUGUUUAUAUGGGUUAACGAGUGGUCAAUAUUCAAACCAAGGACAAGACUUGGUCAGCAGCAUAUUAUAAUUGUGAUCAUAUACACUGAUUUCUUUAAUACCUAAUAAUUACUUAAUUACUACAUAAUUAUAACUAAUGGCUUGUUUAUAUGGGUUAACGAGUGGUCAAUAUUCAAACCAAGGACAAGACUUGGUCAGUUGAAAAUCGUUAAGAACGUAUUGAGGUAUUGGAGACUCUAUUCCUCUUUAUGCGUUUUCACAAAUCAGAAACAGUGCAAUGUCCCCUUUCAUAGUUGGUAUUAAAAGCCGUGGUUUACACUGUUCGAAGGUGAUUCUGGUAAGUUCUUAAACAUCUAUUGGAGCGGACAGUUUGGCCCACUUCAGUGAGUGAGUGAGUAUGGUUUUAUGCCUCGAGUCAUAUUCCAGUUAUAUCACAGCGAGCAGACACCAAGAACGGGUUUCACAUUCUACCAAUGUCGGAAUCGAACUGGGAGUUUUGGUGCGGUGAGCAAACGGUUGAACCUUUAGAUUACCCCAUCUAAUCAGACAUCGUACUUUGCGUACCGACUGCAGUAGUCCAUGGCGAGUUAUUAAUUCAUGUAAAGCGCUUUUAAAAAAAAAAAAUUCCAACAUGAAGUGGAUAUUAUCAAAUAAGAACUUCUGUAGACAUGAACGACUGUUAGACACACUCUGAGAACAGGACUGAGUGAUUAGCUCCACAAAUGGAAUUAAACGUCGACGCCCGCCAGAGACAAAUUAGUUUUGAUUUGUGCCAAAACAGAUUCCAUUGGUAGCAAAAGGCAAACUAGUGAUGGACAGUAUAUGAAUUUGACGCCAGGUGUUAACGAAAGGGUUAGCAUGUGCUAUUUAGAGUAUGUAGCUGGUUAUGAAAUCCAACGUCAGCGAUUUAGAUUUAGCUACUUUUAGGUUGUGUCAUAUUUAAGUUUUAUGUGAAAUAUAGGCGAAAUGUGGUGACACUUAUCGAUACUUUAUUAAGUAAAAACACGCUGCAAGAUAGAUUUCUGUAAAUACGAAGCUAUAUAUUUUAGUG